ACAGCAAAAUCACCAGACAGUUUCCGACAGAGACUGGUCAUCACACAUUUUACAAGAAAGCUUAUUCAGUUCUACAAGAGAAAAUACCUUUCUUAAUUUCUGAAAUGAAGAUCAAAAUAUUGAAAAGUCUCCUCUAUCUGACAAUGGUUUAUCCACUAAAUGUGUUACCUGCUGUCACUUCCCAGAUCAGGCUGGUCAAUGGUAAAGAUCGCUGCUCAGGAAGAGUGGAGAUCUAUUACAGUGGCCAGUGGGGAACAGUUUGCGAUGAUUCCUGGGAUAUUAAAGAUGCUGAGGUGGUGUGUAGACAGCUGGACUGUGGGGUUACAAACCAAGUCCGAAGUAGUGGCCAAUAUGGUCCAGGCAGUGGAACUAUCUGGCUGGAUGACGUUGCAUGCACUGGUAGUGAACGUCAUCUCACAGAGUGCCCGCACAGAGGAUUUGGAAUACAUAACUGUCAUCAUAGUGAGGAUGCUGGUGUUGUCUGCCCAGCUGCCGAGGUCAGGCUGGUCGAUGGGAAGGGUCGCUGCUCUGGGAGAGUGGAGAUCUAUCACAGUGGCCAGUGGGGAACAGUGUGUGAUGACGACUGGGAUAUGAAUGAUGCUGCGGUGGUGUGUGGACAGCUGGGUUGUGGGAGUGCUGUAGGUGCCCCUCUUGGUGCCCAUUUUGGUCAGGGUAGUGAACCAACCUGGCUGGAUAAUGUGAACUGCUCUGGUAGUGAAAGCUACCUCUCAGAGUGCUCACACAGAAGUUUUGGAGUUGAAGACUGUAAUCAUGGUGAAGAUGCUGGUGUUUUCUGCCUCUCAGGUUUAACCCUGAAGAGACCUACCCUCUCUAGAACACCUUCCCAUUCAGCUUUUUCACCUGGUGAAACGGCCCAGUUCAUCUGCUCUGUCCCACAGCGAAUUCCCAUCUCUGCAACAUUUGCCUUAUAUAUGGGGGGAUCUUCAAUAAUGACCAAGGCAGUUGGAACCACUCAGACCAGUAAGACUUUCACAUUGUCCAGUCUGCAAUCUGCACACCAGGGAUGGUACAGUUGUUUACAACAGAUAACCCAGAACGGUCAGAAAAUGAUCAGCUCUUCUUCAAGCAACUCCAUGGACAUCACUAUUGUUGUCUUGUUACAGCCCAACAUCUCUCUCAAUGCUCCAAAUGGAGGGAUGUUCUGGGGACUUCAGGGGCCAGAGGUGACCAGGGGCCACAGCUUCUCCAUCACCUGCUCCAUUCAGCCACAGUAUCCUGGAGGCCUCUUCUAUCUGGACUUUUCUGGGUCCAACAGGACUGAAACUGAGCCAGCAGUCAACCACUCUGCCUCCUUUCACUUUCCUGUUGCAGAGUAUACAGACCAGGGGAACUACAGUUGUGUUUAUGAAGUUAAUGUCUCCACCCUGUCAUUCCAUUCUACCAAGACAGAGUUGCUGACAGUCGGCAUUCGAGCAUCCAUAGUCCCCAUUAUUACCCCUGGUGCAAUAUGUGGGCUACUGCUCCUCCUCCUGCUGUUCAUUCCUUGUCUAGUCUGGAAGAAGAUAAGCAGCAGAGAUCAGUCUAUUAUGAUAAACCCAAGAGAAACUGCCAAUAACAUUAGCACAUAUGAAAACACUGUGGUUGCAGCGAGUGAAGAAAAUGAUGAAGAGGACUAUGUCAACGUAGAAGCCUUUGUCAACAAGAGAAAAGAUGAAGACUUGAAAAAAGGAUGCCAUGCAAGAAUGUAUGUGAAAAGGGAGUUGCUUACCAUUAAAAAUAAUGAGAAUGCUCCAGGAUCCAUGAACAAGUGUGGAAACAACCAAGGUGAAGGGCCAGAGUCAAGUGAGGAAGAUGAGUCCGACUAUGAAAAUGCAGAUAUCAUCACAGAGAGGGAUUUUGCUGAAGACAUCUACGAUGAAGACAGUGAGUCUUUAGACCUGGAGCUGCUCACUUCAUGUAAAUCUGGAAGGGAGAAUGACUAUGAAGAAGAUGACAACAUAUACGCAAACAAUGAGUGAAGGCCUUGUAAUACGAAUGCUGAUGCAGAGGUAUUGAUGCCAGGAGAGGCAUGAAAGGUUAGUUUUGUGAGUUGAAUUAUAAGGGCUUAAAUAAAAAACAACUUAAAAAAACAAAAUGUUCACUUAGUAGAUACGAGUAAUGGCUUUGUUUGAAUACGAAUUACAAUUUCAAUGUAAAUAGUUUGGGUGUAUGAGUUCUAGUUGUAUUGUUGCCAGGUAAUUGUAUGAGUUUUCUGACUUAACUUUGUUAUAUUUUUUUAUUUUUUAUUAUGACAUUAUUUACUUCAGUUUAAAAGUAGUGAUUGUCUUGAUGAAUUGGCUGAACGCAUUGAACAUGAUCUAUUAUUACAUUUUUUAAAGUAAAUAUAUUAAUACUAUAUUAAUACUAGACUGUUUAUCUUCUAUAACGUUCAGUGUGCUGUCAAGGAGUUGUGCUGUCAAAGAAUAGUCGUAGCAAUGACUGGUUGUGAUGUGCUAAACUUGAGAUCUACACUCUUAGAAAAAAGGGUCCCAAAAGGUUUUCUUGGCUGUCUGCAUAGGAUAACCCUUUUUGGUUCCAGGUAGAACUCUUUUGGGUUCCAUGUAGAACCAUCUGUGUAAAGGGUUCUACCUGGAACCAAAAAAGGAUUCUUCAAAGGGUUCUCCUAUAGGACAGCUGAAGAACUCUUUUAGGUUCUAGAUAGCACAUUUCUUUCCCCAAGUGUACAGUAUGACAAAAAGCAAAUACAUUUGUACUGUAUGUAUAGAAUCUAACAAUAAUUUUGACUUCAGUGUACAUUUUUGAUUAUUGUGUGUGUGACUAUAAAGAACAUGAAAUCCAUGAAA